AUGGCAUCGUUCGAUGACUUGGCGUUCACAGCCGCCGAUACUGCUUCGACUGCAGCUGUCGAGCUUUUCUGCAGAGAUUGCAAUGAAGUCCCUCAGUCCAUGACGGCAGAUCGUAAGCGCUGCUUGAUGUGUGGCUGCGAGCUAGAACGUCGACAGCAACCUACAGCUCCGGCAGGGCAGACGAGUGUACAGGAGCUGCAGACAAUGGUAAUGCGCUUAUUGACGCAGAUCGGCACCGACUGGAACGGAGGAGGAGAUACUGGAGCGCGUCGACCUGCGUCUGACGAGGCUGUAAAGAACUUGGGGCCGUUCACUGCUGACCAGGCGUCAACGAUUGAAGUGGCUGUCAUCGUGGAGGGGAUCAAGGGCGAGGUGAUCGCUAUCCCCGGGAACUUUGGCCCGUGUGAGUCGAUCAAGAAGCGCAGUGUUGUCAUUGCUGACCCUUUCGACGGUGCCAAACCCUUUCAGACUAUCAGUGAGAUGAAAGACAAGAUCGUGGUGAUGGCACGCGGAGGCUGCACGUUUGCGCAAAAGGUUCUUCGAGCUCAAGCUGCGGGUGCUGCAGGAGUGAUCAUCAUCCAGACCGUCGACGUGUGGCCGUAUACGAUGACGGACUCUUCCGGCGAAAGCAAGAACGUGACGAUCCCUGCGUUCAUGAUGAGCGCGAAAGUCGGCAAAGGAUUUGUGGAAUUUGUCCGCGACAAACGCGACGAGGGUAUUUCGGCCGACAUCAUCGUGCGGAAGGACGCUCGCGAGUGUGUAAUCUGCCAGGUGGAGAUGUCGAUCGGCAUGAAAGUCACACGGAUGCCAUGUCAGCACAUGUUCCACACUGUGUGUCUGCACGAGUGGCUGCAGAUCGGCAAUUCGUGUCCAAUUUGCCGUGUCGAGAUCGCGGCUAAGCGCACGGCUCACAAUAGUUUAUCAUCCUCGCAGAAUGCGCAGCAACGUGGUGACUUUGCCUGGAGCGAGUGGUUUUCCUGA